AUGGAGAGGAACCUGGUGUUUGCUACCCGUGAUGAUGUUUUCAAUUGGGCUCACUCUGUUGUGUAUGAUAUUGGUUUUGUGGCGGUGAUAAUGAGGUCAGACACAAAUAUUGGAAAUAGAGGAAGGAUCUCAUAUGUUUUAAUUGGUUAUGAGAGGAGUGGAAAAUACAGGGCAUACAAGAAAGAUUUAGUACAAACAGUUACUGCUAGUAAAAAAUGUGGAUGUCUCUCUAAGCUGCAAGUGAAACCAGUGUUGGGAGGUGAAUCAUGGAUAGUGAAGUUAAUAUGUGUGAGUCAUAAUCAUACAUUGACUAAGUCAUUAGUUGGACAUCCAUAUGUUGAUCAAUUGACCAAGGAUGAUAAGACUAUUAUUGGUGAUAUGACAAAGUCAAUGGUCAAACCAAAGAAUAUUCUUCUGACAUUGAAGGAGCACAAUGGCACUAGUUGUACAACAAUGAAGCAAGUAUACAAUGCAAGAUAUGAAAGACAUCUGUAA